AAUGGUUUAGUGCAGUUUCAGUUCAGUUUAUGGAAAAACUGAACCAUGCACACCCCUACUCCCAACCCCCACCAUCGCCGAGCUCAACUCAAUCUCUCUUCACUGCACCGUUUCUGUUCCCCACACCCCCAAUCGUCGUGGAAGGUAGAAACCCUACCAUCGCCGAGCUCAACUCAGUCUCUCUUCAUUGUGACGUUUCUAUUCCCCCCACCCCGACUGUCAUCGAAGGUAGAAACCCCACCAUCGCCGAGCUUAACUAAGUCUCUAUUCACAACGCCGUUUCCCUUGUCCCCCACCAUUGUCGAAGGCAGAAACUCCACCGUCGCCGAGCUCCUAAGGUGUUCAUGCCAAGGAGUUUGCAACCAUGCUUUUCACUUCCAUUGCACAAGCAGAUUGCUCAAGACCCGUCAAGUUUGCCCUCUAGGUACAUAUUGGAAUCUGCAAGCUUUGUGUUGUUCUUUAAAUUCGUAGAGUUGCCUACCUUUGAUGUUGCAUCUGAUGCAUUUUUUACCUUUAAGCAUCUCUAUGAAUACUCUUUGCAGGAUCUUCUCACUAAGCAUGGAAAUGUAGUAUAUCAAUUUUUGACAGCUCACUAUGAUGAGAAGGAAGACAUGAUGUGAUGAAGCAAAUAUGUUCCAAAUCAAAUAUGACAUGGGAUGGGGCUUACAAUGACCUUCGUUAUCUAAAUGCAAUAUUUUGAUGUGUUUUAGCUACUUUUUUGAAAAGAGACUAUACUCUGUAUUAUAUGUAAUUGGAUAAAUUAUACUCUAUUUUGAUUUGUGUUGUUUAGAUUAAAAAUUAAACAUAUCUAGCUUAUAAUGAAAUUUUUAUGAUUUAUAUUUCU